AUGACGUCGUUUUAUUUGCCAUGGCAUAAAGGCGCGGUUAAUGAAAGACUUGGAAAGAACCCGAGUCUUCCCCGAAUGCAUAAUUCAUCGCCGGAGCCCAUUGAACGACAGCAAAGAAGCGUUAAACGACAUCAAACUCGAGGAUUCACUCUGUACGCCAAGCUGGAUAGGCACAGAGGAGACCGCUAUGGCAACACCAACCACGAUUCUCACCCGUAUCGUCACUCCAGAGCUCCGUCCCGCUUCUCGGACGCUCCCUUCAACAACCGCGGCGGUGGAGCCUCUCACCACCGGCAGUUUGACAGCCCACCCCGUCGCUCUCCUGGAAGAGGUGCAGGGUUCCGAUCACCGGGUUUUGGCGGCAGCGAUGGGUUUAGGCCAGUGAGUGGUGAGGGUCCUGGAGGGUUUGGGUUUAACGGUCGUCAGGGGCAGCCUCUGUCGGGUCAGAAACGAGGGUUUCCCUUCUCUGGACGUGGAGGGUCGCCAGACCGUUUUGGGGGGGAAAGUUUUGCCAAACUUUUUGUUGGAUCUGUUCCACGGACAGCAACUGAAGAAGAUAUUCGGCCUUUGUUCGAGCAACAUGGGAAUGUGGUUGAGGUUGCUCUGAUCAAGGAUAGAAAGACAGGACAGCAGCAAGGUUGCUGUUUCAUAAAGUAUGCUUCACCUGAUGAAGCUGAUCAGGCAAUUAAAGCAUUGCACAAUCAACAUAUUCUUCCCGGAGGAGUUGGUCCAAUCCAAGUGAGAUAUGCUGAUGGUGAACGAGAACGCCUUGGUGCAGUUGAAUACAAAUUAUUUGUGGGCUCUCUGAACAAACAGGCUACUGUAAAGGAAGUUGAGGAAAUUUUCUCAAAAUAUGGACGGGUAGAAGAUGUUUAUCUGAUGCGUGAUGAGAAGAAGCAAAGCCGUGGAUGUGGUUUUGUUAAAUACUCUCACAGAGAUAUGGCCCUGGCAGCUAUAAAUGCACUUAAUGGAAUUUAUACAAUGAGAGGUUGUGAUCAACCUUUAACUGUACGGUUUGCUGAUCCUAAGAGACCUCGACAAGGGGAUUCAAGGAGUCCUGCAUUUGGUUCAAGAUUUGAAGUACCAGGUCCCAGACAUCCAGCAUUUGGUCCAAGAUUUGAAGCACCGAGUUCUAUACCUCCAUUCAUUAUUAAUGAUCCCUUGGGUGAUCAAGCCUCUGCUCCCACUGCUUGGCGUCCAAUGCAUCCUUCAAAUAUGGGGCCAUCAUCUAACGCUGGUAUGCAUAACCUGAGGCCUCCAUUGCUUCCAAGAUCUGGUGACAUGGACAUGACAUUGGCUAUGAAUGCAGGUGGCCCUGGGAAUGGCUUUGGAGGCCCUUCAAAUGGUCCUUUUCAAAGACAGGCUCUGUCAUCAAUGUCACAACAGAAUUUCAAUCAAAACAUUCCGCAUAUUCCACCAGCCAGCCAACAGAUGUCGCCACUGCAGAAGCCUAUUCAAUCACCUCAGGACAAGCCUUCCUCCCUCCAGAUGUACCCUCCAGCCCCGAUCCCUUACUCACAAACACCACCUUCUCUUGCAUCAUUUAGGCAGGUUGGCCAACCACAACUUCCUUUUUCUGCUGGUCCUCUUCCUUCACAACAGGUGCAUGGUCUAAAUGGACACUUUCCAGUUUCUCAGCCUCAAGCUCAGCAGGUUGCUUCACCUGCUGCAGCUGCCCAGGGCCAUGCUCCUCUAGAUGCCAGCUUGCAAACAAAUACAACGUUGACCACUACAAAUCAACAGCAACUAUCUACCUCUAUGCAGCAGCAGCCACUUCAGCCUCAGCAGUCUCCAUCCCAGUUGGCGCAAAUGUUGUCACAACAAACUCAGACUUUGCAAGCAAGCUUUCAUUCAUCUCAGAAGGCCUUCUCUCAGCUUCAACAACAACUACAGAUGAUGCAACCAUCUAGUCAAGGUUUAACACUGCAGCAAAAUGCAGAAUCUAUGAAAAAGCAGUCUCGGUGGACGGGGGCUGCACCAACUGCAGAUGUGCCUUCAUCCUUAUCUGCUUCUGCUGCCCCUCCAAUAAGCCAGAACAUAACUCCUGCAAAAUGUGAUUGGACAGAGCAUAUAUCUCCUGAGGGCUUCAAGUACUAUCACAAUAGUGUUACUGGCGAAAGUCGGUGGGAGAAACCCGAAGAGUUGAUAUUAUCUGAACAGCAAAGGCCAUCUGUUCAGCAAUCUCAAAAUCAGUCACAGCCUCCAAUAUCACCUCAGCAAGUUCCUCAAAUCCAGCAAUUACAGUCUCAAGGCCAACUCCAAGGACAGGUUCUCCAGCAACAGUACCAGGCAUAUGCAGUUGCAGGUCAUCAAAAUGUUCAGGGAAUGUAUUCUAUGCAAGAAUGGAUGUGGAAAGAUAAGCCAGCAGGGAUUUGAAAAUGCAUGUUAGGUUGAGCUUUGAGGUGGUGCACUGUAAGAGGCUGCAACCUUGAAAUGGCUGAGGAACAGAGCCUCUAAUCUGAUGUUCAGGGUAGGGGUUGUGAUGUGACCUCUGAGCAACAUGAAACAUGUCACAAAAAGAGUCCAUUUUGCAGCCACCAUUUCCGCCAUUUGAGAAUUCUAUCACUGGCUUAGGACUAGAAAAGCCUGCUGGGGUCAUUCUAUUUAACAAAAUAAAAUUCCUCUACAGUCUUUUAUGUAACAUAGUUUUUCUCCGUAAAUUAUUAUAUUAUAUUAUUAUAUAUCUUCAACAUGGCUAACAUCAAGCCUUUGCUAUUCCCAGCCAGCUAUAUUGCCAAAAUAAUUCUAGUGAAAGCGGUAAAUAUUAGUUGCACUAUAUCGAUUAAA